AUGGAAUUAUUAAACAAUUAGGAGAAAGAAUUAUUAAGCAAAUAUAAAAAAUAUAUUUCAAAUACUAAGACUUAAGAACCAACUAAAUAUUCUGAUAUAUUUAUAGGAAAACAUUAAAUAGAUGAUGUACAAUUAAAAGAUGAUAUUAAAUUUCAAAAUACAAAAAUGAGUGUUAAAUCUUCUUCAGAUAAUCAAAGAAAUGAAUUUAAAAAUAUAAUGUCAUAAUUGAGAAAUUCUUAGAUUAUAAAAAGAGAAAAUGAGAAUAGAAAUUAAAAUAGUAUGUUAUUUGAAGAAAUUUCAAAAUAGAAAUAAUAAAAUGAUUAAAGUUAAAUGUUUUUAAUUAAAGAAUGUUUAGAUAAACCUGAGAAACAAGUAAGAUAGAUUUCAUCUAUAUCAUAAGAUUAUCUAGAAUAAAAAAACAUAAAAGAGAAAAUAAAGAGUAGAUAAUCAACAUAAGAUAUUUAAAAAUAAUUUAAUGAGUAUAAAUAACUAAUAAACAUUUAGAAAAUUAUUAUAAUAACUUGAAAGAUUGAUAUAAAAGAAAAAGAUAGAUAGUAAAUUCUUAUUUUGCAUGAUACAAAAACACAUUGAAGAAUGCCCUUAAUUUGGUAAAAGAGUAAAGGAAGAUAUUAAAGAACUAUUACAAUAAUUAUUAUGA